GUCCAAUGUCUACUUUUUAGAACAAAACGACAGGAUCUUUGGUUGACUGAUCAAGCCGUGUCCUCAAACUAAUAGAGUGAAUCACAGUGACACAUCCCAGCACAUCAUCAUCAUCAUCAUCAUCAUCAUCAUCAUCGUGAGAGCGCGAGCAGUGUGUCCUCCCUCCACCCAGGUGAUGAUGCUGCAGCUGUGGGCGGAGGCUCCAGCUCCUGUUAAGAAGCUGAGGACCCUGCAGCCAUCACCAGUCUCCGGCAGAGAGGCAACUAUCUACCAUUAAAACAAACUGGGAAGAAGAGACGUUCACGGAGGUAAAUCAGACAUCCAGCAGGAUCCAGAACACAGAUGACAAUUUCCUUUUAUGGCAUCAACUGUCAAAACCCACUAUUGCAGCACUAUUGCAUUUUAUAUGUAGUGUCAAAACUAGAUAUAAAGUGCAAAGGAACAACAAUUCUUCAAAUAAGUCAGAAAUUAGAUCAGUUCUGUUAAAGAGCAUCAAAAGUGAUCAAACAUGGCCACCAUGGAAGCGGCAGACAUCAUAGUUGUAGCAAUCUACUUCAUCCUGGUGCUAGCGAUUGGCUUCCUCGCCAUGUGGAAAGCCAAUCGGAGCACAGUGAGCGGCUACUUCCUCGCUGGUCGCUCCAUGAACUGGGCAGCUGUAGGAGCUUCUCUGUUUGUCAGCAACAUAGGAAGUGAGCAUUUCAUUGGACUAGCUGGAUCAGGAGCUGCUAGCGGCUUUAGUGUGGCUGCUUGGGAAUUCAACGCACUAUUAUUGCUCCAGUUGUUAGGCUGGGUGUUUAUCCCUGUGUAUAUUCAGUCUGGAGUCUACACUAUGCCGGAAUACCUUUCCAAACGGUACGGCGGGAGGCGACUAAAGGUAUAUUUUGCUGCAUUAUCUCUUGUCCUCUACAUCUUCACCAAAUUGUCUGUGGACCUCUAUUCUGGAGCCUUGUUUAUCCAUGAAUCUUUGGGGUGGAACUUGUAUCUGUCAAUCAUCCUGCUCAUCUCCAUGACGGCCUUGCUGACCAUCACUGGGGGCCUGGUUGCUGUCAUCUAUACGGACACGGUCCAGGCGUUCCUCAUGAUUGCUGGAGCACUCUGCCUCACAGGCAUCAGCCUCUUCAAAGUGGGAGGACUUGAAGGGGUGAGGACCAAGUACAUGGAGGCUUCUCCAAACAUCACUGCCAUCUUUCUGUCUUCACCCAACCUGACGUAUUCUGAAAUUUGCCACCACCACCACCUCCACCCAAAGCAAGAUUCUUUGAAGAUCCUUCGAGGUCCGAGGGAUCCAGACCUGCCUUGGCCGGGUUUCUUACUCGGCCAGACUCCUGCUUCUAUUUGGUACUGGUGUGCAGAUCAAGUGAUUGUACAGCGGGUUCUGGCAGCGAAGAACAUUGCCCAUGCCAAAGGUUCUACCAUCAUGGCAGGCUUCCUGAAAAUCCUGCCCAUGUUCAUCAUUGUCAUCCCAGGGAUGAUUUCCAGGAUCUUAUUUGCUGAUGAGUUGGCGUGUAUCAGUCCAGAGCACUGCAUGGAAGUGUGUGGUUCUGCAGCUGGCUGCAGCAACGUGGCUUACCCACGACUUGUCAUGUCCGUGAUGCCUGUUGGUCUCCGUGGCCUGAUGAUGGCUGUCAUGAUUGCAGCUCUAAUGAGUGACUUAGACUCCAUUUUCAACUCAGCGAGCACCAUAUUCACACUGGAUAUUUACAAAAUGCUACGAAAGCAGGUGUCAUCCAGGGAGCUGGUGAUUGUUGGCAGACUGUUUGUGGUUUUCAUGGUGAUCAUCAGCAUUGCCUGGGUGCCAGUCAUCAUCGAGAUGCAGGGAGGCCAGAUGUUCUAUUAUAUCCAAGAAGUUUCAGAUUACCUGACACCACCCAUAGCUGCUCUCUUCUUGCUUGGCAUCUUGUGGCAUCGCUGCAAUGAGACAGGUGCCUUUUGGGGUGGGAUGGUAGGGUUUACCCUUGGAGCACUCCGUCUGGUGUUGGCGCUGGUUUACCGCGAGCCACGCUGCAACCAGCCUGAUGAGCGGCCAGCUUUCAUCAAAGAUGUCCAUUUCAUGUAUGUGGCAGGCAUCUUAUUUUGGGUGUCAGCUUUAGUGACUGUCAUUGUGAGUCUCUGCACUCCUCCACCUGGAAAAGAACAAAUCAGAACCACUACUCUAUGGGGGUUAAACAAAAGAAAGAGGCUAAAACAACAAGAAAAAGAAGCUGGAGAAGACAUGACUACUUUGAAGCCUCUAAACCAUGCAAUCUUAAAUGGAAACACUUUGCUCGGUAAAGAAAAGUGUCAGGACCACUCAAACAAAUUCAAAGGCAUUGAGGCCAAUCAUGAAAAUGCUCAGCAAAGCAAUGGUCAUGCUAUUGCAGUCAAUGACAUAGAAAUCCGUCCAAUCCAGAAUGGCCACUCACUGAUUUCUGACCCUAAAAUGGUCGAAGAGGCAGGGGGGAUAGGAGUGAGGGAUGGGGACGAAGAAGAGCAGGGCUGCUUUGGAGGAGGAGAAGUGGAGAGUGGGAAGUGUAUGAAAGUUUUGGAGUGGUUCUGUGGUUUCCAGGAGAAACCAUCUAAAUCUCAGGUCAUUACAGUUCAGGAGCAGGAGAAGAUCUUGGAUGAACUUCUCCAUGAACCUCCAAGAACCAAAAUCAUCCUGAACAUAGGACUGGUGGUGAUUUGCUCUGUUGGGAUCUUUCUCUUCAUCUAUUUCUCCUUAUAGGCUCCCUUAAUUCCAAGCAGUGGACCACGUUAGUCCAUAAUCUACACACAGGAAUGGUCUGCAGGUAAGCUGUCCUUCAGUUUUCCCUGAAGUUUUCAUCAACAAAGACCACGAUGAACAGCAAAACAGCUGUUUUCUAACAUGAGAACAUUUUGUUAAAUUGCAAUUUGCUAUAUACAAAACGUCUCCCGUAUACACAGUCAAGGCGUCUGUUUGGUUCUGGGCUGUGGCUCAGGACGUAGAGCGGGUUGUCCACCAAUUGGAAGAUUGGUGGUUUGAUCCCCAGCUCCUCCAGUCCACGUGUCGA